AUGGAUGCAGAAGCAAGUAAAACGAAUGGAAUUCAGGGCCAAAACUCUGUCCCUAACAGUGAAGGUUAUUUUGCAGAGGCUGAGUCACUUGAAGAAACUGAAAAUGUCCCAUCUUUACAUAUUUUGGAUAGUAGAACAGAAGAAAGUACUGAGAAAAGCAGACAGUUUGAGUAUGAUGGGUUAAACUUCCAAAAUAUGAGCAUUGCUGAUUUAGCGGAGAGAGAGUUUGCAAAAGUUGAGGAAGCAGAAAGAUUUUACUGCAACUAUGCUCUUGCAAUUGGUUUUAGCAUAAGAAGAAGUCAUUUAAGACGUAGCGAGGGUGGGGUUGUGAUGGGAAGACAAUGGGUGUGCUCAAAAGAAGGGAGUAGAUCAAAGAAAUGGACAAAUAGAGAUGAUAUGGUUCGUACACCAAGGAAAGAGACUAGAGAGAAUUGUCACGCUACAUUUGCUGUGAAGUAUUGUCCUAACCAGGAUGCUUAUAUUGUCACUAAAUUUGUAAAGGAGCACAGCCACCGACUUGCUAACUCACAUGAGGUGCCUUUUCUUCGUUCACACCGGUGUGUUACGGAAUCUAACAUAGCACAAUCUAUGUCUAUGAGAAAAGCCUCUAUUAAAACCAAUAGGACAUACGACUAUAUGGUUGACCAAGCAUGUGGAUACAUAAAUGUGGGGUUCACUAGUAAGGAUCUAUAUAAGAGGAUGGAUUUCGAGCGUCGACAAGUGGUAUUGGAUGGUGAUGCACAAGCAGCAAUAAGCUACAUGAAUGCCAAGGCAAUAGCGGACCUGGAAUUUUUUUGCAUAUUUAGUGUAGAUGAGAAGAAUAGAUUGGCAAAUUUGUUUUGGAGAGACUCUCAAUCUCUACACGAUUAUUGUUGCUUUGGGGAUGCGGUGAUACUUGAUAGCACGUACAAAACCAACGUAUAUGACAAGCCUUUAGUGGUGUUUGUUGGUGUAAACAACCAUAACGCGACCACAGUUUUUGGUUGUGCAUUUCUUGUUAAUGAGACUGCUGAUACAUAUCGUUGGGUACUCAGAACUUUUUUGACUUCUAUGAAGGACAAGAAGCCUGUAUCUAUUGUCACGGACGGGGAUGACCUAAUGCGCGUAGCAAUUGAUGAAGUUUUUCCCGAUGCACAUCAUCGUUUAUGUACAUGGCACAUCAUGAGGAAUGUGAACACCAAUGUGAAUAACCCAGAAAUAGUAAGGGAGUUUAGCUAUUGUGUGCAUGGUGGUUUGACACCAGUGGCGUUCUAA